CCAGAUUCCUGAUGUCUUUUUAAGCUUUGAGAGUGGUAAGGAGCAAUGGCUCGAGGCUGCACUGGGAGCCAGUACUGGGAUGGACUGGUUAGACAGUGCAUGUCCUGUCAUAUAGUCUGUGGCAAAACUGAUCCUCACCUUCGCUGCUUGGACUUCUGUGUGGCCUACGAUUGUAAGGCUGUGCCAGGCCAGUUCUACGACAGGCUCCUGAAGAAGUGCUUCAAGUGUUCAGAUCUUUGCGGCCACCACCCGCUUGAAUGCUCGCCAGUGUGCCCGACUCGCUUGGCGGUGGCAACAACGACGAAGCCUGUGGCUGUGACUGCGCUGCAGCCUUUGGCCACUAGUAAGAGCACUGUGACCCGUCACGUGCCUUACACAGAGGUGCUGGUGUACGCUCUGCUGGGCCUGGCCUUCGCCAUCCUGCUCAGCACUGUGCUGGUGGCUCUGCUGGCUCUGCUGCGGAGAGCCAGGGAUCACAGGGAGCGUGGAGAGAAGCACGGCCAAACAGACGGACGCAGGCAGCCGUCUAAAGACUGGCUGAUGGCCGAGGCCCUAACCCAGGAGGCUGGCAUGGUCCCGGACAGACCCAGGGCUACAGAAACCUGUGUGCACUGCUUUGCUGAACAGAUGGAGGCGUCCUGCACGCUCUAUCAGCAGGCCAUGCCACAGCCCCAACAUCAGCAUCACCACGUCAACGGGCUGUUCCGCAACCAUGCCACCGGGGAGGUAAAAGAGCGAGGCGACGCGUUGAGGAUCAUAUGCUCACCGACACAGACAAGCAUGUGAGGGGCAGCUGAUUCACGUGCACCUGUUGAAUGCACGCGGAGUUUGGCUAAGUGCAGUCUGAGCACACGCAUGUACAAAUAAGGAUACAUGUGAAAAUAAAAGAUGGAACAAAGGAUGAACUUUAAAAAAACAUGUUUACAAGGAAGUGGCGACCCCUGAGGUGUGAUCUCAACAGCAGGUCCUCAGCUCUCUCCGACUUAAUGCCCUACUGGGGACAUGGGCCCUAACUCUGCUGUUCCAGGAUCAGGCAUUUCCCUUUAUUUCCUAAUGGACAUUCAUUUCAUAUCCUAAUGAAUAUGACUGUACCCACAGGAGAAAUGGAUGGUCUUACAAAGAGGCCUGUUCUUAUAGAAAAUUAUAAUCACUAGUGCAAACCUGUAUAUAUUUUAAUAUUCUAUGCAAUAGUUUCAAGGUUGAAUAAACAAUUCAUUGGUAAAAUGGAGUUGUCUCAGAAACACACUCAGUGGCAUUAGACACUGAAAAAAAACACCAAACCAGGUGGAAGUAAAGGAGAUAGAUAGAUAGAUAGAUAGAUAG